GUGUCGCCAUUUGAUGUUCUUCGUCCAAUGACGUGAAGGGGGCGGGGCUUCUACCGACUGAAUUGUCUCGGAGGUGUCGUUUUGCUCCCAGAGAACCGCAGGAUGGCGACAGCGGCAGCGAGCAAUGCUGAGCGGGGAGUGCUGGAAGAAGAGUUCAAGUGGCUCCUGAAGGAGGAGGUGCACUCUGUUCUCAAGCAGCUGCAGGACAUCUUAAAGGAGGCAUCUCGGAGGUUCACCUUGCCCAGCGGGACUGCAGAUGGCGCCACCAAGCAGGAGAACUUUGUCUUGGGAAGCUCCAGCACCGACCAGGUGAAAGGUGUCCUGACGCUGCAAGGAGACACCCUGUGCCAGGCGGAAGUGAACCUGAAGGUGGCGAGGACCAAUCAGCUGCUGCACUUUGCAUUCAGGGAGGACAAACAAUGGAAGAUGCAGCAGAUUCAGGAUGCCAGGAAUCACGUGAAUCAGGCGAUUUACCUGCUCGCUAACCGGGGGGAGAACUACACCUUCCAGACGGGGUCAGAGGUGCUUAAGCUGAUGGACGCCGUGAUGCUGCAGUUGACCAGAGCCCGCAAUCGCCUCACGACACCCGCCACCAUGACAUUACCGGAAGUGGCCACCAGCGGCCUGACGAAAAUGUUCACCCCGUCGCUCCCCUCAGACGUUCUGCUGAAUUUCUAUGUGAAUGUGAAUAAGCUGUGCCUCCUGGUCUACCAGCUACAUGCUCUGCAGCCCAACUCCACCAAGAACUUCCGACCAGCCGGCAGCUCUGUCCUUCACAAUCCAGGAGCCAUGUUUGAGCUGAACAACCAGCGCUUCGAGGUCAGCCAAGUCCAUAAAGUGGAGUGCGUGGUGCCGUGGUUGAAUGACGCCUUGGUCUUCUUCACCGUAUCUCUGCAGCUCUGCCAGCAACUAAAGGACAAGAUCUCCAUAUUUUCCAGCUAUUGGAACUUCCGACCGUAUUAAGUUCCGGGAGCCGUAUAGGAAAGAGGCGCUGUGUCUGCCGGGCUGAGGAUGUGUCUAUUACAAGCAAGGACUAUGGUUUGCUGGAGCCGGGACGUAGACGUGAGCGAUGGGACCCUCAGUACGUCAUGUCCUCGGCAGUGCAGAAACCUUAACGCAUGAAUGCUGUCACGUCAUGUAUAGUCACUAGUCAUUUAACCCUGCCCUGUGCAGUGGCGAAGAAGGGAAAUUGUCCAUGUUCUCCAGUGCAAUAGAUCCAUCCUGCUCCCCCCCCCCCCCCCCCAUGUCCUUUUGUGCCGCAAUGGCAGUGAUGGUUACAAAAAAAAAUAAAAAAAAUAAACAUGGGAAAGCUGGGUGACCACCACCCAGCUUUCCCAGACUCCCCAGAUAUGAAGCAGGCCUACACUACAGUCAAUACAUUUUAUAAAUAUAGUAUAUAUUUAAUGCACUACAUAUCCUCUAUAUCAGUGUUUCCCAACCGGUGUGCCUCCAGCUGUUGCAAAACUACAACUCCCAGCAUGCCCGGACAGCCUUUGGCUGUCCGGGCAUGCUGGGAGUUGUAGUUUUGCAACAGCUGCAGGCUCACUGGCUGGGAAACUCUGCUCUACAUGCUGGAAAAUAUUUAAAGGGAUCCUCUACUUGUCCUAUUUUUUUUUUUUAUUUAAAUUUUUUCUAUCAUUGUUGCAGUUUAUGAAAGUGUUUAAUCCAGGAAUAGAAAAAUAAAGCUAAUUUGUUCCAGGAAAAAAAAAAUUUAAAAAAAACAGCCCCUCAAGUUAUGUGCAGUAUUACAACUUGGCUCUAUUCACUAUAAACAACUGAACUGCAAUACCACAUACAGCCUGAGGACAGGGGUGGCGCUGUUCCUUCUUUUUUUUUUUUUGUUCCGGUCUGUUCACACGGACAGAGUCUGCUGCAUAUUUUUCCGUCAGCUGAUUUUUUUUGCCAACCAUUGACGUGAACAGGUAGCAAAAUCAGCUGCGCAAAAUAAAGAAUUCAAUCCUGACUCUCCCCCCUUUAAGGCGAUGUUCACACCUGGUCUUUAGUUAAAAUUACUGACCGAAAUACUACAAAAUGGAACUGACUUAUGAGGAAAAAAAAACUAUAAUGGAAAGAUUUGCCGCUCCCUGAUUUUUAGUUAAUUUUAUUUUAUUCUUUAUUAUAUUUUUGCAUAUUUCUCUUUUUCACCUUCAUUUUUCUAUGUAUACUGUGAAUUUUUGUUUGUUUUUGUAACUAUGAGCAAGAAUGUUCUAGAACUUUCUAUGUAGCCACAAGGAACAAGUUGAUAUCGGCGCUUACCAGACUGUGCGGCACUUAUAUCCUUCACGGUAUGCCCUUUAAUUUUUUUAUUUUUUUUUGUGUGUGUGUUCUUCCUUUUGUAUAUAGCAUGAUGGGAAUAUAUAUAUAUGUGUGUUCUAGAAUAAAGAGUGUUUUAUGGAGUCUCGGUUUGUGGCU